GCUACAACAACGCAAUUCCGGAAGGGACUAGGACAGCGUUGCGAUUAUACGAUGCGAUUCAACGUCGACGCAAGGCAAACAGGCAGCGUGGAAGCAGAAAAGCCAUAGCUUCCUUUGUUUCGCUCCUGGGCCUCCUUUAAUUCUUUUCCCCCUUCCUCGACAAACUCUAAAACUACAGAUAGAGUUUUAUUUGAAUUCCACUCUAUUAUUCUCGUCAUGGCAAACGUUGCCUCAGCUGCUUCAGCCACCGCAUGUUUGGCUCUCCAGCUUUCAGGCGGGGCAAGACAGCAGAGUAAAAUUUUCCCGAGUUUUUCGAGAAGUAGGGGUAUUCAUUCAUUGUCAUUCACAAAUUCUCACAGGAAACGGUUGCAAGUGAGAUUCUUUUCUUCUGGGACAAAUCGUAGCAAUGGAGAUGUCGUGGAGAUAUCUGAGAGCGAAAAGAAACUGAGGAACUAUGCGUGGCCUAAUAUAAGGAAUCCAAGGGUGUGCAUAUUGGGUGGUGGAUUUGGCGGUUUAUAUACUGCACUAAGGUUGGAAUCACUUGUUUGGUCUGAUGACAAAAAGCCACAGGUUCUUCUUGUUGACCAGUCUGAACGUUUUGUUUUCAAGCCCUUGUUGUACGAGCUUCUGUCUGGAGAAGUGGAUGAAUGGGAAAUAGCUCCCCGUUUCUUAGAUUUGCUGGCAAACACGAGUGUCCAGUUUUUGCAAGACAGAGUAAAACUUUUGCAUCCCUCUGAUCAUUGGGCAAUGGAUGGACUACAGCCAUCGAGUCGUGGAGGAACAGUGCAUCUUGAAAGUGGCCUUUCUAUAGAAUAUGACUGGCUGGUUCUUGCUUUGGGAGCUGAAACUAGGCUUGAUAUUGUACCAGGAGCAACUGAGUUUGCAUUGCCAUUCUCCACGCUAGAGGAUGCAUAUAAAGUUAAUAAUAAGUUAAAAACAUUGGAGAGAAAAAACUUCGGCAAGGACUCCCAAAUUAAUGUGGCUGUUGUUGGCUGUGGUUACUCUGGAGUCGAGUUAGCUGCUACAGUGGCAGAAAGGUUAAAGGACCGAGGGGUUGUUAGAGCAAUCAAUGCUGAAACCAUGAUCUGCCCGACUGCCCCACCUGGCAGUAGGGAAGCUGCACUGAAAGUUCUUUCAUCCAGGAAGGUUGAACUUCUAUUGGGCUAUCUAGUCCGCUGCAUCCGGAGGGUGAGUGACUUUGAGUCUUCAGAUACCCUGACAGAGAAAGGUGAAAACCAGGGAAAUCAAGCUGUACGUGAUUCUGAUAAAUAUGUUUUAGAGCUGCAACCAACUGAAAGGGGAUUACAAAGUAUAAUUUUAGAAACAGAUCUGGUAUUGUGGACUGUUGGAUCUAAAUCUUCUCUUACUCAGACAGAACCUUCAGAUUUAUCAUUUCCACUUCCUCUCAAUGGCCGAGGGCAAGCCGAAACAGAUGAAACUCUUCGUGUUAAGGGCCACCCACGGAUAUUUGCUCUUGGUGACUCCUCUGCAAUAAGAGAUUCACAUGGAAGGAUCCUUCCAGCCACCGCACAGGUUGCUUUUCAGCAAGCAGACUUUGCUGGUUGGAAUCUGUGGGCUGCAAUCAGUGGCCGUCCACUUUUGCCAUUUAGGUUUCAGAAUUUGGGUGAGAUGAUGACAUUGGGAAGAAAUGAUGCUGCCAUUUCCCCCAGUUUUGUUGAGGGACUGACCUUAGAAGGUCAGAUUGGUCAUACAGCAAGGAAGCUAGCAUAUUUGUUCAGGUUACCAACAGAUGAACAUAGGCUUAAAGUUGGGAUCAGCUGGUUCACAAAGUCCGCCAUUGAUUCAGUGGCUUCGCUACAGAGCACCUUAAUCAGGGUUGUUUCUGGUUCAUGACUCCCUCUUAUUGACGUCUCUUCCAUUGUUGAGAUAGUUCUCUAUGUAUAGUAUUCGUCGGCCGUAGCUGCCUUCAUGUCUCUGUUUUAUAAACACAGUUUGGGGGGAUGUUCCGCAUAAAGAUUUUAAAUUUAUAAUCACAAGGAUUCAUGUGUCUGAAAAGGUAAAUAAUAUGUUAAUUAAUGAGGUGUUUUGAUCCGACGUCCAGAUUUGACGUCGUCUUAACAA